GGUCUGGCUGUCAUGUCCAUUGAUUUUGGUGGAGAAUUUAUGAAGAUUGCAAUUGUCAAGGCUGGAGUUCCUAUGGAGAUAGUGUUAAACAAAGAGUCACAAAGAAAAACACCAGCUGCUGUCUCAAUUAGGGAUGGUGAAAGGUUCUUUGGGGAACCAGCUGUCAAUGAUGCAAUGAGAUAUCCAAAGACAUCAUAUAGAUACCUUCACGAGGUUAUAGGCAAGGAUUUUGACAAUCCCCUGGUGGUGGAAUUUAAAAAGAAGUACCCUUACUACGAGAUUGAGAGAGAUCCCAGGACUGGUUCCGUACUGUUUGUGCACGAUGAGAACACAAAAUACAGCCCAGAAGAGUUGGUUGGCAUGAUUCUACAGAAAGCAAAAGAAUAUGCUGAAACCUUUGCUGAGCAACCGAUAACGGAGUCCGUAAUAACCGUCCCGCCGUUUUUCAAUCAGGCAGAGAGGCGUGCCAUGCUCAGGGCGGCCGAUCUUGCUGGCUUGAAAGUACUACAGCUUAUUAACGAUAAUACAGCCGUUGCUCUAAAUUAUGGAAUGUUCAGGCGAAAAUCCUUCAAUUCCACUCCCUCCUAUUACAUGUUCUUUGACAUUGGGGCCUCAGCCACCAUUACCACAGUCGUCGAGUACCAAGUGGUAAAGGUGAAGAGUGCAACGUCCGGUUUGACUGAUACCUUCCCACAGCUGACCAUCAGAGGCGUUGGGUACGAUAGGACGCUCGGUGGUUCUGUGUUUCAGAGAAGACUUCGGGAUCACCUCUCGAAAGAGUUUGACAAGGUGAAGAAGACCAAGAAGGAUGUCUUCACUGACCUUAAGGCUCAAUUCAAAUUGUACAAAGAAGCUGGCAGGGUUAAACAGGUGCUGAGUGCCAAUGUUGAACACUUUGCUCAGGUUGAAAACUUACUUGAUGAUGAAGAUUUCAGAUUGAAAGUGACAAGGGAGGAGUUUGAAGCUCUGUGCCCUGAUCUGUUUGAUAGGAUUGCCCACACCGUUAAGGAGGCCUUAGAUUCAAGUCAGAUUACGUUGUCUGAAAUAUCAGAAGUCAUAUUGAUGGGCGGUGGGACGAGAGUGCCAAAGAUACAGGAAGUUCUGAAGCAUUCCAUUAAGAGGGAUGAUCUUGGGAAAGGCAUAAACACUGACGAAGCCGCUGCGUUGGGAGCUGUUUAUCAAGCUGCCAACUUGGGGAAAGGUUUCAAAGCUCAAAAGUUCAACAUUAAGGAUGGGGUUUUGUAUCCUAUUCAGGUUGAUUCGGACACGUCUUCAUCAGACGAGGCAGCCAAAAUAAUAAAGAGAACCCUAUUUGGUCGCAUGCAGACCUACCCCCAGAAAAAGGUCAUGACCUUCAACAAACAUGUCAAGGACUUUUCUUUUGAGGUCAACUAUGGUGAUCUAUCAUUCCUUGACAUCAAUGAGCUUAAAGAAUUAGGCAACACGACUUUGGAGACCAUAUCGCUAUCGGGGGUGGGUGAGGCUUUCUCGAAACAUUCACAAGAUGGCACGGUUGCCAAAGGCAUCAAAGCACAUUUCAGACUCGAUGAGAGUGGCAUCAUUCACGUUGAAAGCGUUAGUGUUUUCGUCACAGAAGUUGUUGAGAUUCCAGUUGAAGAUGAGGAGUCAACACUUUCCAAGCUUGGCAAAUCGUUCAGUAAAUUUUUCGGUGGCGGCGAUGAUAAAGAGGAGCCUAAAGAUGGCACUCCGGAGGAGAAACCAUCCUCUGAUACUACUGACAGUACACGGCAGCAGGAUGAUAGCAGGAAAGAUGACACUACGACGACGUCAUCGUCUCCAACUAAGGAUGAAAAGCCAAAGACUCUAAAAAAGGAAAAGCAGAAGAAUGUAAUAAUUAAGGAGGACUUGAAGAUCAGUGUCGAGGUUCACGACCUUAAGGACCCUGAUGCCGAAAAGAUGAAACUUGCUAAGAAACACUUGAAUGACUUGAGGAAGCAAGACGAAGAGAAGAUGCUAUUGGAUAAAGUGAAGAAUGAGAUUGAAACAUUCAUCUUUGACACGAGAGAUAAGCUGGAGCAGGCUGCUUACAUCAAGUGUUCUACUGAGCAGGAAAGGAGUAACAUACUCGAAGCACUCUCCACUGCCUCUGACUGGAUGUAUGAACUUGAGGAUAGUACACCAAGGAAGGUCUACCAGGAUAAACUGACAGAACUGCACAACAUGGUGAAAGACCUGUUUGAUAGGGUGUACGAGUACCAGGAGAGGCCUGUUGCCAUCGAGGCCUUGAACUCCAGGGUCAACCAUUCGGAAUUUUUUUUGGAGGGAAUGAAAAACUUCACUGCAAUAACUGCUGGCGAUGAUCAGCCAUUUACGUUAGUCGAGAUGGAAACGCUGAAGAAACUCAUUGAGGAGACUAAGGAAUGGAAUGCUACAGUUCAGAAAGAGCAAAGUGAAAGCUCUCUGACGGAAAAACCCAAGUACACAAUCGACGAUUACGUCACAAAAAUUAACGCCCUUGACAGAGAAAUCAAGUACUUGAUUGCCAAGGUCAAAAAUUUCAAGCCCAAAUCCACAUCCACUAAUACAUCUAGCGAGGGAAGCACUUCUAACACCACUACCUCUGGAAAAAAGAAGAAACCGAAAAAAACAAAGACGACGACAAUGACAGCUGACAAAGAUGGCGAGACACUUGGCUUAGGCGGGGACAAAAUGACCUUGGAAGAUGGUAGAGAUCAGUCAUCAGUGCCAACAGCAAAAGAUGACGACGAUUCAGCGACUAAGGAGUCGGCAAAGCUAGGAGAUCUAGCUGACGACGCUAGGUAUGAAGAUGGCGACGAUGACGAGUCCGCGACGACGACCACAAAAACGAAACUGAGCCACGAUGAAACUGAAUUAUAAAAUUAUUCUGUUGUCGUUGUUGUUGAGGUUAACAACAUGCAAACAUCGUCGAUUGUUCAUUCUUCGGUUAAUUGAUUGAUUAGCUAAAUUAUUAAUUAAUUAAUUAAUUAAUUAAUUAUUCUUGUUCAUACUUUAUAUUGUACAUGAAUGUAUUGUAUCUCUAUAUAAAAUAAAAAAACUACAUUUGAACAGUCAAUUAUAUAUAUACAACAAUUACAUAUAUAUAUAUAUAAGUUCGAAUAUUUCAUUGUAUUAUAAUAUAAUAAACGAAGAUUUAAUUGGUCGGUAAAAUAUUUUUAAAUAUUCCAUUGUGUGUAUGUAUGUACGUGUAUAUAUAAUUAAAUAUAUGUGUGUGCGUGUACUUGUGUAUAAACAGAUGUAUUCAUUAUUAUAAAAUUGUAAAAAAAUAUUGAACG